AUGUAUCAAUCCCACGAGUCCAGUAUAAGCACUGAGGAUGGCGAUCAAUCUCUUGAUUCAAUUGCUGCCGUGGAUCUCAAAGAGCCGGAAAUGAUGGCAGACGUACCCCGCUAUCCCCCCACGGAGGGAGCCAACCCCAAAGGCAAGGCACUAAUUCUCUUUGUAUCAAAAUGUCGCUCAUGUCAUCUCAAGGGAAUCUUUGGCGCAGCAGUCCGUAAAUUGAAAAAUAUCCCUCCUUGUGUUUGGGUGGUCAAUCUACACUCGGAAGAAAUCACAGUCGUGGUUUCGAAAUAUAAACCAAACCGCCUCCUAACGGGCAUGGGACUAAGUGCCUCACCAAAUGGAGUAGGAAUAAGCUUUGAGACAACGACCUUUGUUGGACCAGCCUCGCGGAAGACACUCGCAGCUCAAGACCAGGGUCGUGACAAUAGUACCGCAGUGUUCCCAUUAUGGACACGCACAGAAGGAUUUGGUGUGAUCAGCGUGUUCAAAGGCCCCGAAAAAAUCUUGUUCAUCGAAAAUGAUAGGGUGCCGCUUGGAGCGACGGUUUAUUUUGCGAACAAGCCAGAUUUGCGCAUCGUGAAGUACCAGCCGGCUUCGGAGACUAGUGCGAAUUAG